AUGCACGCUCACGAACGUUAUGGGCUGAUAGUUCUCUUUCAGGCAAUGGAUGCAGCUGGAAAAGACAGUGGUAUUCGACAUGUUUUCAAGGGCGUCAAUCCAACGCGAUUCCGGGUGGCCGAGUUCAAAAAACCGCACGAUGAGGAACAAUCCCAUGACUUUAUGUGGCGAUUCUGGAAAGAUAUGCCCGAACGGGGAUAUAUCGGCAUUUUUAAUCGAAGCUACUACGAAGAAGUCUUGCCACUGAAAGUUCAUCCCGAGCAGCUGGAAGAAAGUUCCAUACCUGAAGAACACACUCAGAAUCUUGACACACUCUGGAAAACGCGGUAUUCAGAUCUUGUAAAUAUUGAAGAUUAUUUAUAUCGCAACGGAUUUCCAGUAGUGAAAAUUUAUUUACACGUUGCGAAAGAAGAACAAGGCCAGCGACUCAUCAAUCGCCUCAAAGAUCCAAAGAAGCAGUGGAAACUCAGCGAAAAUGACCUGAAAGAGCGGGAUUACUGGGACAAGUACAUACAGGCUUAUGAUGACGCAAUCAGCAACACAGCCACAAGUCGUAAUCCAUGGUAUAUUAUUCCAAGCGACGACCGAUUGAAUCAGCAGUUGAUCAUCGCCAGAAUUAUGGUUGAAAUACUGGAAUCGCUCCCAACCAGAUAUCCAAAACGGGAUGAGAAAGAAGUUGAAAAGCAUAAAAAAACGAUCGAAAAGCAAGACAAAUAA